UCUGUUAUCAGUUCUCAGUCAAACUUCCGUUUUACUGUUAUUUUAGCUUAGCGAAGAGGGAGCAUGUGAGGAUGUAAGCGGGGAUGGGCAACCUUCUACCUUCAAUGAAUGGAUUCUUCCAGCAAAGGAAUUCGAUGGCAUGUGGGAAAGCUUAAUAUAUGAAUCUGGCCUGAAGCCAAGGUUGUUGCGGUAUGCGGCAAGUGCAUUACAUUUUACAGAAAAGGGUGUCAAUCCUUUCCUUGUGUCAUGGAAUCGCAUUGUCCUUUUACAUGGACCUCCAGGGACUGGAAAAACCUCUUUAUGUAAAGCAUUGGCUCAGAAGCUAUCCAUCCGAUUUAACUCAAGAUACCCGCAGUCCCAAUUGGUUGAAGUUAAUGCACAUUCUCUAUUCAGCAAAUGGUUCUCUGAAAGUGGCAAGUUGGUUGCAAAGCUUUUCCAAAAACUUCAGGAGAUGGUAUUUGUUUUGAUUGAUGAAGUUGAAAGCCUUGCUGCUGCCAGAAAAUCCGCUUUAUCUGGUUCUGAACCUUCAGAUUCUAUUCGGGUAGUGAAUGCAUUACUAACUCAGUUGGACAAAUUGAAAUCAGCACCAAAUGUGAUAAUUUUGACAACAUCCAACAUAACUGCUGCUAUUGAUAUCGCAUUUGUCGAUCGAGCUGAUUUAAAAGCAUAUGUCGGUCCCCCAACUCUGCAAGCACGUUAUGAAAUCCUUAGGUCCUGCUUGGAGGAACUCAUACGAACAGGAGUUUUAUCAAGUUUUGAGGGUUGUGAAAGCUUCAUGCUUCCUAACUAUGCUAGUUUGAAAGAGAAAUUGAAUAUGCCUCAGAUUCACGAUACCCAUACGCCACUGCACUUGAGUAGGCAAUUGCUGGAAACUGCAGAAGCCUGUGAGGGAUUCAGCGGUCGAUCUUUAAGAAAGCUUCCAUUUCUAGCGCAUGCUGCUCUUUCAAAUCCUUACAGUUUUGACCCUAGCAAAUUCCUGUGCACAAUGACAGAUACAGCAGGUUGUAUCGACUAG